UUGAGGUGGCCAGGACGAGCUGACAGGAGUGAGACAUGUCAGUGUCGAUUGUGGCUGGGAGUCGGAAACAGGGCGUAAAAUACCGUAAGGCUGUAUCCAGAUCCGGAUUUCAUGCAGGAACAGCUUCUGUCCGCCAAUCAGAUCCUGCAAAUAGAUUACUACCAGCCUCCUCCCAGCCUCCCACUAUAUCCACCCAACCAAUCAUAACGCUGGGCCGCCGCAUUACGACGUAUGGGUUAUCGCGAUCUCACCCGCUGUUGCUUAUCGCUUUGUUUCGGCUCUGUCCUCCUCCUCCUCCUCGUCCCUCUCAGCUCUCCUUCAUCUUUCCUUUCUUCUCUCCUGCAUCAUUCGCAAGUCAAGCGAGAGGUUGCUUGCUCGUUUAUCAUCCGCUUCUCGCUUGGCUUUUUCUUCUUAAUUCCCAUCCUGCAGCAUUGGUCUACAAUCUGUGCUUCCGAUUGAUCAAUAUUCUUGACCUGCACUAGGCCCCUCCACGGGACACUACAACUCUCUCUCCGUCAAUUGAUGGUUACAUAGCUUUUCUAAAUCCUUAUUCAAAUCUUGUCCCUGAGGUGAACUCUCUUUCAGAGAGAAGUUGCCAUCAUGGCUUCCAAACUACCCAGGAUAACCAAUAUCAACCAUGCCGCCGGCAUCUAUGCUGACAUGUCGGUGGACGGUCCCGCAAUCGGCACGCUGGUCGCCGUCAUUGACCGCGCGAAGAAUCUGCCGAAUAGAAAGACUAUGGGGAAACAGAAUCCGUACUGUGCUGCGCGGUUAGGGAAGGAAGCUAAGAAGACAGAGACUGACCUGCGGGGAGGACAGACGCCGAAAUGGUAUCGCCCCAUUUUCC